AUGAGCACCGACGCCCAAACGAACGAAGCCGCUCCCGUCUACUGGCCACGGGUCAAAGAACUGCUGGACGUGAUCAUGGAACGCUGGAUCGAGCGGCACGGAAGGCAACCUUACCCCGGCAUACACGAAUACUGGUGGGAGACGCCGGAGGAGUUGGCCGCGUCGGUGUUGAACGGUUUUCCGUCGAUUGAGCCGGGGGUGCCUGGAGUGGACACGCAUCUGGUGCGUUCGCUUCGCCUGGGUUGCGGGACCUUCGGCCGGAUGCCGCUGCGAGGUCCGUUCCUGUCGCGCGCGGAGGCUGCGGAGGUCGCCGCCUGGAUCGACGCCGGGAUGCCGAAAGGUCCAGAGGACUGA